AUGGAAAAGAGUCAAAAAGGUGUGGGUGUAGACAAUAAUAAAAUGGCACUUGAGUGGAGUGUAAAAUCUGCUGAAAUGAUAGAAAGUGAAGGCUACGUAGUUGAUUCUGAUAAUAGGUUGUUGAAUCGGAAGUUUAGUUCAGAUAGUAAACUCAA